AUGUGUAAAUCAAAGCUUCACAGUGGGAUGGGCUUUAGGAACCUUGAGGCUUUCAACUUGGCAAUGCUAGCCAAGCAAGGUUGGAGAAUGUUGUCAAACCCAAGCUCUCUUGUUGCUCGAGUAUUCAAGGCAAGGUACUUCCCUCAUGAUGAGAUACUUAAUUCUAAGAAGGGAACCAGCCCCUCUUAUGCUUGGAGAAGAAUCCAUAUUAGCCUUGAUGUGCUAAGGAAGGAGACAAGGUGGAGAGUGGGCAAUGGUAGAAGAAUCCAUAUUUGGGAGGACAAGUGGCUACCAACUCCAACAACCUACAAAGUGACCUCCCUUCCAACAGACUUUGAGGAUUUCCCUAUGGUUGUUUCUCUUAUUGAUUUGGAUACCAGAUGGUGGAAAGCAGACACGGUCCUUGCAGCCCCUUUCACAGCAAAAGUGACUAAAGCUCUCACUUUGCUCCAUGGUGCUUUAUUUGCCUCGGAAAUGGAGGUUUUCCAUGCAAUCUUUGAGUUAGAUGCCCUCUCUCUCAUCCAAUCAAUUAACUUAGGGGCUGUGGGAGGUUCUUUACCAUCAAAAGUUGGAAACCUGAAACUUCUUGUUGCACUAGACGUUUCAUACAACAAACUUUUCACUAAGAUUCCAGACCAGCUAGGGGACUGUUUGUCCUUAGAAACACUUUAUAUGCAAGGAAACUUCUUUGAAGGAACCAUUCCUGACCUAAGAAAGCUAAAAGGUAUUCAAUAUCUUGAUCUUUCCCACAGCAUCUUGUCUGGCCAAAUCCCAAGCUAUAUGGUUAAUUUUCCCAUGUUGCAAAAUUUAAACCUAUCUUUCAACAAUCUUGAGGGAGAGGUACAUGUAAAAGGGGUCUUCAGAAAUGCUAGCGCAGUUGAAGUCUAUGGUAACAGUGCUCUUUGUGGGGGCAUCCAAGAGCUGCAUAUGCAAGCAUGCCCCAGUCAAGGAUCCAAGAAACAUAGAAAGCAUGUUGCUUUUAAGUUGAUACUGGCAAUAAGCAUUGCAGCUGCUUUCUGCUUAACAUCAAUCUCUUUAUUUACUCUUUCCUGGUUGAGAAAGUUGAAGAAGAAAUGCCUUUCCAUUUCCUCCUUUGGACGCACCUACCAAAAGAUUUCUUAUGAAGAAUUACUCAAUGCAACCGAUGGAUUCUCUUUGAGGAAUUUGAUUGGUUCAGGUAAUUUUGGUAGUGUCUACAAAGGAAAACUUAGUCUAGAUGAACCAACUGUUGCAGUCAAGGUACUCAACCUUCAAAAGCAAGGAGCUUCCAAGACCUUCAUUGCUGAAUGCGAGGCCUUGAGGAACAUACUGCAUCGAAAUCUUGUUAAGAUUGUGACCACUUGUUUGAGUAUUGAUUUUGGGGGCAAAGAUUAUAAAGCUUUAGUGUAUGAGUUCAUGCCAAAUGGGAGCUUGGAGAUGUGGUUACAUCCUGAAGAUGGGCUCAGCCAACUGAGAAAUUUAAAUCUUCUCCAGAGAAUGAAAAUUGCAAUGGAUGUGGCUUCAGCUUUGCUUUAUCGUCAUCACCACUGCCAAACUCCUAUCAUUCACUGUGAUCUUAAGCCAAGCAAUAUUCUUCUCAAUGAUGAUUUGACUGCUCAUAAUACGGAAUGGGUAGUUAGCUUUCAACUAAUGGGGAUGUAUACAGCUUUGGGAUUUUCUUGUUGGAAACGUUCACUGGAAGACAACCCCACUGACGAACUAUUCAAAGAUGACUUGAACCUUCACAACUUUGUCAAGUUGGCAUUGCCAGGACGAGCGAUGGAGAUUCUGGACCAAUCAGUUUUCAACAAAGCAGGAGAAAAUAAGAAUAUAUUUACAUGUCGGAGUGACUGGACAUGCGAACAUACUGAAUGCUUGAUAUUGGUCUUUCAAAUUGGACUUGCAUGUUUAGUAGAAUCUCUAGGAGAUAGAACAGAGAUGAGAAGAGUUGCCUUGGAAUUGCUUUCAAUCAAAGGUAAAUUCCUUUCGACUAAAACUCAUGAAAUGAAAAUCCAAAGCUCCGUCAACAAGUAA